AUGCGGACCUUACAAGCAACAGGACGCCUGGAAUCGCGUUUGCAGCAGCUCGAGGCGGAACUGCUGCAAGUGCGCACAACUGCAAGAGUUGCCCCUCCCGCAGCAGACCCUGAUGACGCAGCCAAAGCCAUGUGGGAGCAAGUCCAACUUGCGUGCGAAGACAUGCGGGGGGUCACUAUGACGACCCAGCAUGCCUGUGACAUGGUGGGCUACCUUGACAAGUUGGUUCAUCGCAACAAUGAUGAGAUGGGCGACUUGGUCAGAUCCCAUGUGGAGCUGAGUAAGGUAGUCAACAAGCUGGUGGAUGACCAUGACAAACGCCAGCAACAAGACCCCUCCUCGGCCUCCAGCUCAGUGCCAAGCGCAUGGGUGGACGAACUCAAGGAGGCCAUGACCCCCUCGGUCAAGCUGCUCAAGGCUGUUCGGGACUCGGUGGAGUCGGGACUGGAUGGCUUGAACAAACAGCUCGCGGAUCAGGAUGUGACGGUCCUUACAGCUACAGUCAAGGACUACUUCGUCCGUUUUGAGGAUGGCAAUGAGAAGCUGACCAAGGCGCUGGCGGUCAUGGAAAAGCUUAGCAAAGAAGUCCAGGAAAACCUGGGUCAGAUCAAGUCCACGGUGGAAGCCAGCAGAGAGAAGCUGGACAAGCUGGAGCAGCUCACGCGAUCGAAGACUACCAGCAUCUAUGAGGAGGUUGGCUUGCUUAAAGGCCAGGGAAGCCAACUGGCUAAGGACAGCCAGGCACUGCAGCAGAAGACGAUGAAGACCAUCGAACACCUGGCGGCGGUGCAAGAUGGUCUGGCGGGUUCCAUGGCUCAGAUCGUGGCCACCUUCUCGCGUCCUCCCAUAGACUCUCUAGGUGUGGCUAGGCUUGUGGACACUACGCUGCAGCAAGCCGAGAUGCUCAAGGAGCUGGAAAGCCACCUGGCCACGCUCAAGGAGGCGCACGAUGAGCUGGCAGAGAUGACCAAGGAGAUCAGAGACAAGACACCGGAGAGGCCGCCGUACAGGGUGCCACCCCAGACGACUGAGCCGCCUCCGCGACAGGCCCCUCAGGUCAUUGAUUUGCAGAGCAGAGUGCCCACCCCGGUUGUCCGUCCGCUCUAUCAGUCUGCGCCCGCGCCUGGUGGCAUAGCCACGGUGAUGUACAGUGAUGGAUCCAGGCAAAGUUUUUGUGAGGAGGAUUUGCGAGGCUUUGUGGGGUGA